AUGUCUGUAGGCUUUAUAAGGUCCUGGACUAAAACAGGCACCCAGGGCUUGUAUUCACGCCUUAGUGAUAAGCUUCUAUCUCUCGAUUUUAUCAAUGCAAAGUCAAAUGCUUCACUUUUUGUUUAUCAGAAUGCUCAAAUAAUGAUCUACAUUCUGGUCUAUGUGGACGACAUAUUAAUCACCGACUCUUCUCCACUUACAGUGUCCUCAGUCAUUCGGUCUCUUGGCAUGGAAUUUGCUCUCAAAGAUCUUGGAAAUCUUCAUUAUUUUCUUAGUGUUAAGGCUCACCGUGUACCCGAAGGUUCCCUUGAAGAUCGGCGAUCAACCAAUGGCUAUUGCAUCUUUUUUGGUCAUAAUAUUGUGAUUUGGAGUUUCAAGAAACAAACCACGGUGGCACGAUCUAGUACAGAAGUUGAGUAUCGAGCCAUUACAAAUACUACAGCUGAGCUCAUAUGGUUACAAUCUCUUUGCCAUUAG